AUGAAGGCAGGGAAAUUUCGAGCCCAUGUUUCACGUCGAAUUCCACUACCCCUGAUGGAUGAAGUCAAGCGACAGGUCGAACAAAUGUUAAAGGAAGGAAUCAUCGAAGAAACUCGAAGUCCGUAUAACUCACCCGUGCGGCUGGUGAAAAAGCCCCAUGGGGUGACGAAGCCGAGCAAAGUUGACCGGUGCCCAACUGUCGCGAUGAGUCUGGACCAGAGUCCACUAGAAGAUGAUUGCAAACUGGAAAUACCGGAAGAGGAUAUGAAUCAGCCAAUUACCCUGGAUAGUGGAAUCUACGAGGCGAAUAAGCAGAUGACUGAAAAUGGAAAAGAGUUGCCUGAGAUUCGUUGCAGUUCAACAACUUUAUACAAUGGUGUGGAGUUCUCUGAGGAAAAUUCCGCCACAGAGCCUAAAAAUGUCCUAACCGUAUUACAAAACAUAUUGGCUAGAAAUUUCCCGGAGUUCGGCGAUUCCUUCCAUCGUGAAAGAGUCUGUGCCUAUUUGAAGGCAUGUCGUCGUAAUGCGAAAAAGAAAAACGGUGAACCAUUUGUGCGUAUCAGCGCUCGAUAUCUUAGUGCCGGGAUGGCCACUCGGUUAGCUGAACAGAUUUAUCGGAAUGAGAAAAACCAUAUGGAAUCCGUUGUCGGGUACAAGUUACAUGCGAACAACUCACCCGAACAGGCAUCAAAUGAAUCGAUGCCUAACAGUCAGGACGAAACUAUUCCCAGCUCCGUGCAUACGGUACCCGAAGUCGACACACCCAAGACAACUGGUUCGGUUUGUCAGGAAAAUUCCUCUCUUUUUCAACCUCCCACAAUGAUGGGAUCGUCAAGUACUUUUCCAAUCUUAUUCCCAUUACCAGGCAUGACAGAACGUCUAUUUGCGAAAUUUCUCGGACAAACUGCAGAAUUUUUACUCAUGGUUGCCGACAGAAUUGAAGCCGGACAAAGUUUGUUUCCACCAUCCAUCAAUUCAGCCUUGUUGUCUACAUUUAAAUGA